AUGCUGCUGACGUGUUACGCGUGGGUCGUACGUGCGCGGAUGCAUCUAUUCCAUCGGGCUCGCCUCUCAACCUCAAAGCUCCCAUCAACUAUCUCGCUCCUAACAGCAGGUCCCGCAAUAGCCACAUGCGUCAAGCAUUUGACCAUCGAUUUUGGAGGCGCAGAUACUCUCGCGAAUGUUUGCGCCCCACUCAAGGGCGUCUGCGAGCAGAUGCAGGCUGUUCAGACCCUCAAGCUGACCGGAAUCUCGUUAUACGCAUCUCUCGAGCUGAACUUACUACUCACCGUUCUUCCGAAAUGUACGGUCCAUCUGGAGCUCGGCAAGAUCGCGGUGGCCCCGCAGUCACCCCUUCCCGAGUUGAUCUCCUCCUUCCCCGCCCUCCAGGGUCUGUCCCUCGGAGAUGGUUUGGUCAGUAUGCACGGCGCAUCAACUUGGGACGCGACGGGUCCCGUAUCAGUGCGUCUUCGCACACCGUUGAAGAUACUACAUCUGUCGUUGGUCUUCUCCAAUCCCUCUAUCCUGAACUACGCCCAAUGGCUAGUGUCCACACCUAACGCACUCGACCUUCGCGCCCUUUCCGUCGCGUUCGACUACUCCGGCACGCGCAUCAACUCGCCCGCAUUGCUCGGGUUACUCCUGGAGAACCUCGGUUCUCCUCUGGAGACGCUAGAGCUCGCCAUGACCCGCGAUACCGACCUCAGCGUGAUCCCGUUCACCCUGGAGAGGGCAACUCGCCUUGCAAACCUCCGCCUGCUGGUCCGGUUCAGCGGAUCGUGGACUCAGGACAGUUCCAGCUACGUCCGGAACUGGGUCGUGACCCUCCUUUACCGCGUGCAUCUACAGAGUAUCCGCACUAUUCACCUGGCCGUUGAGGACGCAGGAGAGGAUAAUUUCCUCUUUCUCGACUGGGUGGAUGAUCUGGUCCAGGCGCUCCUACGGCUUAACCUCAGUGGCCUCAGGAGUUUUGCGUUCGAGUGUGUAGGCUCGCCCAUGAGGGCUCGUACUAUGGCAUCCUUGGAGGCGAGGCUCGGAGCCCUCAAGCCUCAGUACCCGGUCGACCUCACAUCUGCCAAAGUAUCCACUGCCUUUGGAUCCGACCUCAUGCGCACCUUCUGA